GAGAAAUGUGGGCCCUGGCGACGAGGCUGGGCCUUCGGUCCUGGUUGGGCUGGCGCCGGGGCUUCACCUCCAAGGCGGAUCCUCAGGGUAGUGGUCGGGUUACGGCCGAGGUGAUCGAACACCUGGAGCGUCUAGCGCUUGUGGACUUCGGCAGCCAAGAGGCCGUGGCACGGUUGGAGAAAGCCAUCGCCUUUGCCGACCGGCUCCGCGCGGUGGAUACCGACGGGGUGGAGCCCAUGGAAUCAGUACUGGAGGACAGAUGUCUGUACUUGAGAUCUGACAGUGUGGUAGAAGGCAACUGUGCCGAAGAACUACUACAAAAUGCCCAUCAAGUUGUGGAGGAGUAUUUUGUGGCCCCCCCAGGUAAUAUCUCUUUGCCAAAGCAGGAUGAACAAGAGCCUUUUUCAGACAACUGAGUAGCAAUUCUGGGAAGGGGUACCCUGUGAACACGUGGAAACCCAAAGACAGUAUUUUGUUAUGAACACUAAUGGCCCCACUUCAGUCACCUGAAAAAAACUGAUGGUUAAGUAUUUUUUAAUAACUAACUCUCUGAAGACAGAAUUGGGAAAUAAUCUACCCAAAACAAGGCAAUGAGUUCCUGCUGCUACUGGAAGUAAGAGAUAUUGUUACUUUCAGAGGAAAUGGAUCAAGUAUUUAUUCACAGGCUGUUCAGUAUGUAAAGAUGUUAUCCUCCUUUAUCUCCUCCAGAAAGACUGUCUACCAAACGGCACUUGAGUGAAUUUUUCUAUUGAUGUAACUAUUAGACCAUGCAUCUGGUCACUCUGUGAUAACCUGUGUUGUACUUUUUAGUUGCUGUUUCUAUCACCCCAAGAAACCUUGUAUCUUUACCAAACUCCAUUUUGUUCCUGGGUACCCACUUCGUUCCCAGCAGAAGGCCUUCUCCUAAGGUCUGAAGAGUACUCAAAGUAGACUCUACAGCUUGUGAACGCUUAACCUGCAGUUAUCCACUAUCCCACAAAGUGAUUACAUGCAAAAGGGAUGCUAGCCACAGCUAGUUUUUCUGAAAAGAACCUAUGACAAAAAUAGCUAACAGUGCUGUACUGUGCACUAAAAAUUUGCCAACAGGGUAGAUCUUAUAUGAAAUGCUCUUACCACAAGUAAAUCUUAAGGAAGUAGAGAAGAGACUUUGGGAGGUGAUGGAUAUGUUUACAGUCUUGAUGGUGGUGAUGCUUUCAUGGAUAAACACUUAACCCCUAAUUCAGUGAGUUGUAUACAUUAAGUACAACUUUUUACAGAUCUAUCUUACUUCAAUAAAGUGGCUUUUUAAAAAACAGCCCAAGGCCUGAAACAAAGUAACUUACCCACCCCCACUAUGAUUACUGAAUCCAAGAUAGUGGAGGUUUUUGGUUUGUUUUGUGUUUUAAGAAAGGUCAGAUGCCAAGAAUAAAUGAAACAGAUUUAGGGGUAGAAGUGAAAGAACCAAAAUUUAAAGAUCUUUUUCCUUCCCCUCCAAACUGCCACAGUUGGUUUUGUUUAAGAAUCUUCAGUCAUCUUUAUGCUGCUGCCAAGUUUAAAAAGUCUGUUUUAUUCUUUUCAUUCCUUUGCCCUAUCUUAAACACUCCCUUCCUUAAGGCAGCUUCAUUUAUAAGUUUGGCCUUGAAUUGUAAGGCAAUCCUGAAGAAACUCUUGGAAUUGAAAUUCUGAAACCACCAACAUAGCAACUACCUUUGUCCCCAAAUAAAGUUACCCACUUCUCCUUA